GUGUUUUGUGAUUAUUUAGGUAAUGGUCCCUGCCCAGCAGGUGGAAGAACUGGAGGCAAUGUUGAACCACGGUUGCUGGUUCGAAUCCCAUUUGGUCAUUGUUCGGGUGUACGAGCGAAGGAUUUAUUUGGAACGCGGCCAAAAGCGGCGAUGGGCAGGGCCCUGUUGCAGCAGCGCUCUGGACGGGGUUUUUCUUGAGUCUUCCGCUGAAGUCUUGUAAGAUACACGACAGGUGAGUCGUUAUCACCUGCCGAUCGCAGGUAGGGAAAACAUAAGGUCGGGCGUGUUUGCGCAGGGACGGCCGCUGAUUGGCUACUGGCCAGUGGGACGUCCUCAUUAGCGGUUUUUGUGCGGCCUGUCUGGGAGGUCAUGAUUGACAGCUGGUGGUUACUUAAUGCAAAAGGGGCGGAGCUAACUUUUGUGAGGGCGCGCAGUACAGUUUGGUGACAGUUCCGAGUUAUUUUACGCAGUCAGCCGUGAGGUCCUCCCGAAGUGCGCACACGUUUUUUUCCCGAGCCUUGCCGCGCGCGGUCAAUGAUCCAGCCCGGGACCCGGACCGACCUGUACCCGACGACUCUGUAGCUCUGUUGCGGUGAAACUUCGUCCCAGGCCCUUUCCUAUUCCGUCCAUUCACACGCGCGCGAGAGACUCAACUCUCCCGGACUUUCACAAGCAUGAAUAUGCAGAAGGAUACAACGUUCACCAAGAUUUUUGUUGGGGGGUUGCCCUACCACACUACCGACGACUCAUUACGGAGUUUCUUCCAGACCUUCGGCGAGAUCGAGGAGGCUGUAGUGAUCACCGAUAGGCAGACGGGGAAGUCCAGGGGAUAUGGCUUCGUAACUAUGGCGACCAGAGAGGCCGCCGAAAAGGCUUGCAAGGACCCAAAUCCCAUCAUAGACGGCAGAAAAGCCAACGUCAACCUCGCAUACAUCGGAGCGAAGCCUAGGAACACGCAGCCAGGGUUCGGUUUUGGACUUAGGGCAGUGCCCCCCGGAUACCUUCCAAGCCAGUACGGGUUGGCUCCAGGGUACAUCUACCCACAGGCUUACGUGGCCGCAGCCGCCGCCGCCCAGCAGCCUGGCCUGAUCGUCCCGCCGCACACUCCACCAGCCUCUGCGGCAGCACAGUACAUCGACUACGCGGCCUACGGCCAGUACCCGGCGGGGUACGACCAGUAUCCGGCCGGCUACGCGACGCACGCGUACCUCAGCCCGACCGCAGCCGCGUACGCCCAGACCGGCUACGCCACCGUCCAACAGCCCGCUCACUUCGCUCAGUACCAACCUCAGCAAAUACAGGAACGCAUCCAGUAAACAAACAAACACAAACAAACAACGGGAACCAAUUUGAACCUGACCUUGAGGGAUCACGGGACUUUUCCACCGCAGGGGAUUGUGGGAAGGCCGAGCUGGUAACUAGAGGGUAUUUGAGUAAAAAAAAAACGCACUAUGCAAAUCCUGGAUGUUAUGUCUGAGCACAAGUAUCGUGUGAUAUUCGCAACGGGAGGGAGAUCCCUUCUUACAACAGCUGUUCGCUGUAUCAAUCACAACAACAGCCGCUGCAGGGCUAUUCUUGUCUCACACAUUCGGUCCUCGCAGCAGAAAAUUUUCGAUCAAUUCGGCCCGGCAAAUUUGCCUCACCCCCCGACGUUCGAACAUUUGUCAGCCCGCCGACCCACCGAGUGCUAACCACAAUCAUGUUAGCACAGUUGCUUGUCAUACCACGGUGAAAGAAAAACUCAAACCCUUUCUAAUCUAUAAUUUAUUAAUUUUUUAUGAUAUAACAUCUUGCUGCUAGUGUUCCCGUAUUUCCCACUUUUAAAGGUUGUUUUUUUUAUACCAACUCUAUCUUCCGGAAGGGUUGCUAUUAUUUCUUUCUCACGUGAGAUUAAAAGCACGAAAAUUCUAGGAAAAAAGCGAAGAGAUCAGACGAAGAAGACAGAGAGGAAACUUGUAAAUAUAGCGGAACACACGCUACCGCUGUAGACAGUUAACACUGUCAACUAAUGUAAAAUAUUCAACUUAAGUUAGAAAAUAGACUAAGGCCCUUAAAAGUUCAUCGUCCAAUUGAUUUAGUCGAAGGUUAUAUCGGGGCGUAUAAAGUUAUAUCUAGUUUUAGUAUACUCGUCCUAGACAGUAUUAAGUAGGAUUUAUUAAAGAGAAGAUAGGAAGGCUAGGCAUCCAUUUUAAGGCGAAGAAAGGCCAAAAUCAUUGUCAUAAUGAUAAGGUUUUCUAUUCUGUACAUGAAGCAAAGUGAAACCGUAAACUUAUGUCAAUUUUCACUAUAAGGAUAUGUAAAUUUUCAGCCAUAUACGUUUAUUAUACUAGUUAUUAUCUAGGUAAUGAAUAUCUAGCCUUGGCGAGUUUGGGAAAACAAAUUCAAACAGUGACACAUGUGUGAAUGCCUUACAAGUAUAUUAUUGUAUUCAGUAUAUUUUUUAGGGCCGAGGGUGCCUUUUUACUACCAAAUGUGCCUUUCAAAAAAAAUAUAAAACCGAACGUUGCGUCAAAAUUUCUAAUUGUUACUGUGGCCGUUUUACAACAUUGCCAAAUCGUUUUUAGGUGUUUUCUUUAAUCAACGAACAUCAAAUUUAUAAAACAUUUUAUCAGAAUACAAGGAGUAUGAAACAGUUUCAAAACAAGCUUGCGAAAUUGGGGGUUGUUUGAAAUGUAUCGUACGUACGUACGGCUCAGCCGGCCGGUUUCGUCAUUAGACCGAUUCAGCUCCUGAAUAAACAAGUCAAAAUAUUUGUAGCGCACUUGAGACCCAGCGACAACGCAAAGUCCCACCCCACAUGACGUCAUCACUUUACGUGCUCACUGUUUAUGGGCUCCCAAACUCGCCGACGCCCGGCCAACCUCUAUUUGGCGCGGACGAAAAAAAAAUGAUGUAAACUAUUGCUCGAUAUUAUAAUUAUGAUAUUAAUAAUAAUAAUAAUUCUAGACAAUCAAGUAGAAUGGAAAAAAAUUCGUAGGUAAUUAGAGAGGGAACUUAUUAUAUCGUAAUCACCAAAGUUACGCUGGGGAAUAUACCAGAUGUCGUAUCGGUAAAUAUAACAUGCAAAAUGUCAGAACAAUCAUAGAAUAUCCAACUUCUUUCAUUUUUUAGUGACACGGGGGAACGUGGUGCUAGAAACCUCUCCCUAAACAUCUUUUCCACGAAUGUACAUCUUAUAAAGUCUUCCAGAAGGAAGUAACAGCAUUUAGGUAUAAAAAAAAACUAUGUGAACAAAAACUGCGAUGAAACAAUCAUAAGCUUGUAGCGCCAGUCGACAACACUGGAAGAACUGUUGUUGCAAACCAUUGACUGUUUUGUACUGUUUUCCCCUGUACGAGUAAGGUGAACUUUUCUUACCAUUUCUCUAUGCAGGGGAACUGUGCUUGGAUCACGAGCAAACAGAAUUAAAACACAAAGUUCCGACUGA